UUUUUCGUAUUUCAUUCAUGUUGUUCACUUCGCUGGGUUCGGAACAAUUUUGAGUUUUGGUGAAAUUAAAGUUUGAAUUUGAAACAGAAACAAAACAAUAAAACGAAAAUGACUACGGAUAUCACACAGAUUGGAUCGCAAAAAGUUAAAAGCGUCACCAGCGGUGAGACAGUAGAGUUGAAAACCUUCUGGGAGAACCAGAAUGUUGCUAUCAUAUUCUUCAGACGCUGGGGAUGCAUGCUUUGCCGAUUAUGGGCUAAAGAGCUGAGUGAAAUUGCUCCAGUGUUGAACAAGCACAAUGUGAAGCUGAUCGGUAUCGGCGUGGAGGAGGCCGGCUCUAAGGACUUCGUCAACGGGAAAUAUUUUGACGGAGAUCUCUACUACGUGGACAACAUAUCAACAUACCAGCUUCUCGGUUUCAAAAGAUUCAACGUGGUGACCAUAAUCACGUCGCUUUUCUGGAAACAGUCUAGGGAUGCCAUUUUCAAAGGACGUGGCAUGGGCUUGGGAGGUGAUUUAAAGGGGGAUUGGGUGCAAACCGGAGGCGCUGUGCUUGUCCAAAAGGGUGGGAAUCUUCUACGUCAUUUUACGCAGAGUGGACCCGGUGAUCAUUUGUCUAAUAAGGAUAUUUUGAAGCACUUCGGGCUUGAGAACGAGUAUAAUCCAGAAACAAUGGCCAAUAAGAAACCGGAGGAAAAGGAAUGCACUACAGAAGCGCAGCCCUAAACACUGGUUAGUUGCCCUACAAGAGCAUUCGCUGGCCCCCAUACACACAAUAUGGACGGAGCGGCGAUGUAAACGAAGCUGGGUGUAGUUUACAAUCCAUUGACAAUUUUCUAUGACUCUACUUUAUUAUGAGACUGAUGUAACCCGCAAUGGAUGGCGGGCAAGCGAAAUUGUAAGUUAUUACUUGUAUUCAAGGCCGUGAAUUGCGUGCCUUAGUAUAGUGAGUAACGGGUAUGCGAAAUUGUUCGUUGUACCUGAGAUUUUAAGGUUGAGACUUCUUUGGUCUUAUACGAGACUGGUAGAAACUGUAUUGAGUUGUGGGCAAGCCAAAUUGUUGGUUAUUGCUCAAAGACUAAGGCUUAGAAUUGCUUGUCGUGGCAAGCUUGGAUAAUUUCAUGUAUUUGUCAGUUUUUUCGAGAUAAAAUGCACUUUAAAAUGUAAGAUGGUUAGUCCAAAUUACAUUGUAACUUUUAUUUACAAAUGAUAGUCUUUUAAAAUGUGAUUUGGACCUUAAAACGUAGUCUAUAAAGUCGUGAAUGGAUUGUGUUCUACAAAAGGACUGAAUAUUUUAAAUAAUUGUUGUAUUUAAUUAUUAAAAAAAUAUUCCGGGUGUAUGGUGUCUUAUCGUAUUGCACUGUAAUUGCAUUUUAUUAUCAUUAAACUUAUUAAAACAUUGUAAACUUUAUAAAGUUAAAAAUUGUUAUCGAUUUCGAUUCAGACAAUUGAGAUUUGUAAUGCGAUGGAAAAGCAACCUUUUCUUAACGGUGUAGGUUUCAAUAUCGGGUAAAGAAUUAUUGAGAUUUUUAUAAUAACUAACGACACGCAGCCUACAGUAGGUUGUGUGACGUCGCCGCGUAUGCACGCACGCUCAUGAUGAAGAGUCCCUCUGUGAUUCGAAACUAGUAGAGCGGGUUUCCAUUAAUUUACAUGCGAAAAUCGUGAUUUUUUAUUCAUUGUCAGUAGUCAGCACGGAGUCUGGAAUUGUGCCCAGUAUAUGGCAAUAGGUUCACCACCUAUUUAUUACAUGGGACUUAUAACUGGGGGAAAGGGGGUGUUAUAUUUAAUUUGAACACUUCUGCUUACACUCUCAAAAGACGUAAUGAUAAGUCUUAUAAACGCUGUAUAAAACACCUUACUACUUCUAACAUUCGGAUCUAAUCCCAUCAAUUCUCAAUUGUCUGAAAUCCAUAUGAAAAAUAUAUUUUAAAAACAUAUCACUAAACGCCAUCUCUGUUUUCAAAAUUAAAUUAAUGUUCAAUGUUUCAGCUUAUAUAUCCACACACAUAAAUGUGAAUUUUUAAGAUACUAAGUGGCAUACCUUGUCAUAUUAUUAUUUUCUAUAAUUUUAAUUUUUAUUAUUAUAUUUUUAAUGGUUUAUUUUUUAUUAAUUUGUCUAAUUAUCUUAUUACGAGUCAACCGCACAAAAUAAUCUUUUAAAUAAGGGUCUGAAGAAGAGGAAUUGUCCAUGGGAUACUUUGACAGCCGAAAUUAAUAAAAAAUUACGGAUUUCAAUGCAAGAUCCGAUUUCAUUCGAAAAUCCGAUUUUAAUCCACAAUCCGAUUUCAAUCCAAAAUCCGAUGCCAACCCAAAGUCCGAUUUCAAUCCAAAAACCGAUAUCAAUUCAAAAUCCGAUUUCAAUACCAAUUCGAUUUCCAUAUAAAAUCCGAUUUCAAUCCAAAAUCAGAUUUCAAUUCCUAGUUCCAUAAAAGGCGACGUACUUGUAAAUCCUUUGGUGUUGUGGGUGUCCCUUGUCACUUGGCUUAAGGUUCAUAAUUGCACAAGCAAUGGUUUUAUCACAAACUGCUUUAUACACCUCUAUGUCCUGGCAAUAAGGUAUAUUUUCGCGUCUAUUUUUGUGUGGUUGAUUGUGUCUUUCGAUAAUAGUGUUAAGGUUUUUUUAUUCUAUUAUAUUUGUCAUUUUGAUGACGUUAUUUUUAAUUGGCUUGAACAAUUUAUAAGACUGCGAAUUGAUUCCAAACUUUUAUCUAAUGAGGCUAAAGUUAUUGUUGCAUUGUAAAUUUCCAUCGAUUCAUAUACAAUUAUACAUUCUUGAUUGUAAUGUGCAACUUUAUUUUCUAACACGUUAUGACGCUUAUCAACAGCCCUUAGCAUAGGCUCAGUGUUAGCAUUUGGCUACAGAGCCAAAUGCCAAUGCCAAAACUUAAUUAUAUGGGGUUAACGUAAAUUACUAACACGCCUUAAAUUCCUAACCCCUAAAAGGUAUUAAAUUCUGUGUGAACAGCUCCAUAUAUCUUGACCACAGAAGAGUUGUAUAAUGUACAAUAUGUGGACAUGCGGCGCGGCUGUUGCAAAGCCAUGUUUGUAAAGAGUGUUCAAAUUAACACAGAGAUAAAUGCAUUUUUUUUACUAUUGGGACUAUUUCGCUCACUUUUUUUUUAAACCUUGUCCCAGAUUAGCAUUUUUUCCUAUGACGUGGGUGCAAACAUACAAGUUCACGGACUCUCAUAUGUCCGUCAUCACUCAUCACCCAGACUCGUAACAACAAUUUAUGGAUCACACAUAGAGUUGUUCCGUGCUGGAAUUUAACCCGCUGAACGUUGCGCGGCAGCCGGUUGUCCAGUCAACGCACCAACCGUGCAGUGACUUUUCGUAUAUUUUCAGUCAAGAUGAUAACAAAUAUGUGGUUUAAAUUAAGUCAUAAGAGUUUCUCAAUACGGUAUAAGGUCAAAUAAAAUGAGCGCAAUGUUUUGAAUCUGUAUGUAUAUGAAUCGAUAGAGAAAUGCUAACUUAAAAUGAAUUGGUAUACUUGAAAUUAUACUUAAAUUAGUUGUAUGUUCUUCCAGAGUUUAUAGAGGUUUUUAAAUUUGUAAAAUAAUAUAUUUUAAGAUAUUUUUGCGUAGUGUAUUUGUUUAGAGUUUGACUGUUUUUAUUUUUCUCUUUGUAUUUUAUGGUGUACGCUCUUAGCGUUAAUAAAUGUUUAUACGUAUA